AUGACUGUGGCUGCCAUCCCAGCGCCCGUGACCACUCGCAGCCAGCGCCGGAAGUGGAGCGAACGACUCUUCGUGGCAGUGCUCUUCAUCGGCCUCGCAGCUCGCGGCGGCUUCUCGUACCCACGAGGCCUCAACUCCACGGCCUCCAAUGCUGCUACGCCCGGGAAGGCCUCCCCUAUGGCCUUCGCCCAUGUGGCAGCACCUGUGGAGAAGGAGGACGGCGGCUACGGCCGUAUCGCGACACUGGUGGCCAUCCCCGCCUUGUUCGUCGUGAUGUGCCGUCAAACCAGCAAGGUGCUGAGGCGUGCAGAGGCCCCGAAGCAUGGGCACGGAAACCCAGACAUCCUGCCACCUGUGAUGACAGGCCUGUUCCUCUGGGUGAUUCUCAUGAGUGGCAUCCAGCAGGGCAUUGUCCCGGUCCCAGGCUUGGAAGGCAAGCAGAAUGAGUUCCUCCCAAUCGUCUUGACCUUCAUCGCGGGCUACGGGAUCAUUGUUUUGGAGGAGGUCACCGAGAUCCACAAGACGGCCACCGCACUGAUCUUGGGCGUGAUGAUUUGGGCCUUCAUCGGCACCGGCGUGACCAUGCCCAGCGAGGAGUUCGAGACUGCGGUCUCCGACACGCUGAAAGACAUCUCUGAGGUGGUUUUCUUCCUCUUGGGUGCACUGACCGUUGUGGAGCUCAUGGACGCCCACAAGGGUUUCGACAUCAUCACCGCAUCCAUCAAGGCAACCAAGAAGAAGGAGUUGAUGGUUAUCAUUGGUGUUCUGACCUUCUUGCUUUCCUCCGUGCUGAACAACUUGACUGUGGUCAUCGUCAUGGUCUCACUCCUGCAGAAGCUGGUGAAGGAAGAUGACUUCCGAAGGAAGUUGGGCGGCUUGGUGGUGGUCGCCUCCAACGCGGGCGGUGCUUGGACCCCGAUGGGAGAUAUCACCACCACCAUGUUGUACAUUGGCGGGCAGGUGACCACGGUGCGUUUGUUGGGAAACCUGCUCUUCCCAAGUAUCAUGUGCUUGGUUGGAACCUUGGGCUGGGAGCUGAUCCAGAUGAAGGAUGGCCCAUUUGAGCGACCUGCGGCCAGUGGCGCCAAGGAAGAGGCCCCAGUGGGACAGGCUUUCGUCUUCUGGGGCGGCUUGGCCGGGAUGAUCUUCGUCCCCGUCUUCAGCGCUUUGACCCAGUGCCCUGCUUGGAGUGGCAUGAUGUUGAACUUGGGCAUGUUGGCUUUGAUCACUUCGUUGCUCCACGAGCCUAACGAUGAUCGCUUCUCCUUGAAGGGUGCGUUGAGCCGCAUCGAGGUGGCGGAUGCGCUCUUCUUCUUGGGUGUCCUCUUUGCCGUGGGCGGCUUGGAGCGCGUGGGUAUCCUGAAGGCCUUGGCCGAAAAGCUCAGUGAGAUCUGCCCCAUUGAUUCCUUGGUGGCCAUCCUCCUCGGUUUUGCCUCCGCAGUGGUCGACAACGUGCCUCUGGUGGCGGCCUCCCAGGGCAUGUAUGACCUCACUCAGCACCCACCUGAUGAUGCCCUGUGGAACCUCAUCACCUACUGCGCGGCCACCGGCGGCUCCUUGUUGGUCAUCGGCUCCGCAGCCGGUGUGGCCUUCAUGGGCAUGGAGAAGAACGUGACCUUUGGUUGGUACGUGAAGGCCAUUGGCCCUGCGGCCUUGAUGGGCUAUUUCUUCGGUGUGGCCGGCAUCAUGGGUCAGCAGGCCGCCGGCUUGGCAAUCACCUCCUCCUGA